AUGUCUGUGACUCCUGAAGGCUUCAGUUACACAGCUAGAACCUCUGCUGGUUUUCACAGCCAGAGGUUACAGAAACUUCUUUACCCAGCACUGGAACUCUGGGCUGGGAAGCCCAGUGUGGCGCUGGUACCCCUUGUUCCUCAGGUGGAAGAGGAAGCUCUGCAACACCACGUUGGAUGGCAGUUAGUGAAGUUUGUGUCCACGAAAAGAUGGUCUGAAAAUCUCCUUCCCAGAACAUCACAACUAGAUCGCUUUUUCAAGACCAUCAUAGAUGUGAGAUACCUAUCAGGGCCAGAAGUUGAUAGUGUUCAUCCACUAAUCAGGGGCCUUUCCAAAUGUCCUCUGAUUCAGGGUAUGUUGUCGGCUCAGUCCAAGGAUGCUGGGUUUUCAUUUAGCCACGAUAUCAAUAGUCAUUUGGCCUGCCUCUCCAUUGUCGGAAACACGAUCCCCAUUUGUGACCCAGCUGUUAAGGAGAAGGCUUUAUGUACCCUGGAUAACGUGAAUGUCAGUGUGGAAAAUCAGGGCCAGAUUAAGAUGUACAUCAAUGAAGUGUGUCGGGAGACUGUGUCACAUUGCUGCAACUCAUUUCUGCAGCAGGCCGGAUUAAAUUUGUUAAUAAGCAUGACAGUUAUUAAUAACACGCUUGCCAAGUCCGUUUCAGACUUGAAGUUUCCUUUGAUAUCAGAAGGAAGUGGAUGUGCUGAGGUUCAGGUUUUGAAAUCGUUGAUGGCUUUGUCUGAAAAGCCAGUCUUGGCAGAGGAAUUGCUGGGUGCCCAAAUGCUGCUCUCAUGCAUGUCCCUCUUUAUCAGGAAUGGAAACAGGCAGGUUCUCCUGGACAUCCUGGCCUCUUAAAUGGCCAUCUCGAACAGAAUGGGACUGAAUCUACCUAUAAUCCGUUUGGUGAACACACACUUGUGUUCUCAUUCAAAGACUCUGCAGUGGGUGCUAUAGAAGAUCCAGCCUUAGCCAGUCACCAUAUCAUGGGGUGAAAGUUACACUUGCUAAAUCGAGGACCACACUCUUAUUGGCCAGGCGGGGGUUCCCACAGAGCUUCGAGUAACUUCUUGGUUUUGCAGUCUGCAGGCAAUGCGUACUGUAAAUUACUCCCUUACUUCUUCCUGUGGUAAAGGGCUCGUUCCAGCUGCCAGCUGUGGAUAAAGAACAUCAUAUUAUUGCAUCAUGAAGGAUGCCUUGCCUGUGAUGGUCUCCCUGUCUAAGCCGGGCCAUUUUGUGGAGCCCAGAUGCGUAUCGGAGCUUGUGCUGAAAACACAUUUGUUGCUGCAUAGGUUGAAUUCUUUUUCGUUUACUCUUUCCUGUACACGAGCUGAUGGAUGGUGACCCUAUUCAUCAAAGAACUACCCUCCCUUUCUGUGUGCUGUACUGACUUAACCUCAUCCACCCAAGUCUAUGAUUGUAUGUAUCAUCAAUAAA